AUCUCGUAGUGUACUCAAACACAAUCACUCCCUCAAGAAAAAUCUCUCUCUGAUCUCCUCUCUCUCUCUCUCUCACUCUCUCUCUCUCAAUGGCAUUGUCUUGCAGUGUUUCCUUGACAGCUGCUUCUGGCUGGCCAUUUCCUCAAAACCGAAAUUCAGAAAGAGUGAAGCCCAUCCUCAAAGAAUUUAAGCCUACCCUUCCGAGCACUAAAAAAUGGAGCGUUUCACAGAAACAGACAUUGGCUUUUGGUCCCACAAAACAGUACCCCAUAACUAUUAAUAAUGAUGAUUCUGACACUGGGUAUGCAGAAAAGUUGCAGACAUUCAAGCAUAUUUUGAGGAAAGAAGGAGAGGAGCCAAUUCAAGGCCUGGCCAUGAUUGAUGCUAUCCAACGCCUUAGCAUUGACUAUCAUUUCCAAGAGGAGAUUGAUUCGAUUCUAACAAGGCAAUCUAUGCUAUUAAGCACCAUUCAUAGUGAUAACAAUCUCUAUGAGGUUGCGCUUCGCUUUCGAUUGUUGAGACAACAAGGUUACCACGUAUCCGCAGGAGUAUUUGACACCUUCAAGGACAAUGAGGGAAGAUUCAAGCAACAACUAAGUAGUGACAUCAUGGGCCUAGUGAGUUUAUAUGAAGCUUCACAGCUAAGUAUAAGAGGUGAAGAUGUGCUGGAUGAAGCUGGAGAUUAUAGUUAUCAGCUUCUACAUUCAAGUUUGACACAUCUAGACUAUAAUCAAGCUAGAUUAGUUAGGAAUUCUUUGGACCAUCCACAUCACAAAAGCCUGGCGAGUUUCACGGCCAAAUACUAUUUUAAUGAUGACCCAAAUGGAUGGAUUAGUGAGCUACAAGAACUUGCAAAGACCGAGUUUCAGAGGGUCCAAUCCCAACAUCAACACGAAAUUGUUGAGAUCUUGAAAUGGUGGAAAGACCUCGGAUUGUCUACGGAAUUGAGAUUUGCUAGAGAUCAACCGCUUAAAUGGUAUAUGUGCUCAAUGUCAUGCCUCACGGAUCCAAGUCUUUCAGAACAAAGGAUUGAGCUCACUAAACCCGUCUCUAUGAUAUACAUAAUAGACGAUAUUUUCGAUGUUCAUGGCACUCUCGAUGAGCUCGUUUGCUUCACAGAAGUUAUCAACAGAUGGGACAUUGCUGCCGCUGAACAAUUACCGGACUACAUGAAGAUAUGUUUCAAGGCUCUGAACAAUAUUACAAACGAAAUCAGCUACAAGAUCUACAAGGAACACGGGUGGAACCCAGUUGACUCUCUCCGAAAAGCAUGGGCUAGUUUGUGCAGGGCGUUUCUUGUGGAAGCAAGAUGGUUUGCUUCUGGGAAGUUGCCGAGCGGUGAAGAGUACUUGAAGAAUGGGAUUGUUAGUUCUGGUGUACAUGUAGUUCGUCACAUCUUCUUUCUACUGGGCCAAAGUAUAAGCAAGGACAAUGUAGAACUUAUUAGCAAUUUUCCACCCAUCAUAUCAUCCACAGCCACAAUUCUGCGCCUGUGGGAUGACUUGGGAAGCGCCAAGGACGAGAAUCAAGAUGGCCAUGAUGGAUCAUACGUCGAAUGCUAUCUGAGAGAAAACGAAGGAUCAUCGUUCGAAGACGCACGAAAGCAGGUUCUGCACAUGAUUUCUGAUGCGUGGAAACAACUCAACCAGGAAUGCCUCUCUCCAAAUCCAUUUUCAUCAACUUUUUCUAAGGCUUCUCUAAAUAUUGCAAGAAUGGUCCCCUUGAUGUACGAUUAAGAUGACAACCAUCGCCUUCCGAGUCUUGAGGAGCAUAUGAAAUCUCUCCUCUAUGAAAAUGUGUCUCCGUGAAAAAAGAAAAAAAAAGCCCACGACUCCAUAUUAUAGUUCCAGAGGGACCAUGGACAUGGUUAGGCAGCCUGUGUGCUAGCUGCUUUCACUAAUAUGUACAGUACAAAAAAUAUAAAUAAAAAGUAACUUGCUUUUGCUGCCCUUUUCA